AGAAGUAGCACGAAGCACUCUCCAACGCCGCCACUGCCACGAAGAUGACGAGUCUCAAAAGAUCUCUGGCCUCGGACCCGUCGGCCGCGAAUAUAUCCAGCAAGGUGUUUGUGCGGUCUACGCGCAGCGGCAAGGUCCAGAAGAUCGUGCGGGAGCUGUACCUGCGUGAUGACAUACCCUGUUCGUCGCAGCUCUGCACGAGCUGUCUUGCGAAGGCCCCGAGGGAUGCUGGGGGAGUCUUGGUGCCAUUCGUGCUCUCUGCGCAGCCGGCAGGCACGAGAGCGUAUCCCCAAGGACACUAUCUGGUGCCGGACACGAACGCGCUCCUUAACGCGCUGGAUCUCUUCGAGCAGACGUCUGCGUUCUACGAUGUGAUUAUCCUGCAGACGGUACUCGAGGAGCUGCGGAACCGGUCGCUGCCGCUUUACAACCGGCUCGUGGGGCUGACGAAGAGUGAGGAGAAGCGGUUCUACGUUUUCUUUAAUGACUUUCGCUUGGAGACCUCGGUGGUUCGGGAUGUGGGCGAGUCGAUCAAUGAUAGGAAUGAUAGGGCGGUGCGGAGAGCGGUGAAAUGGUACAGCUCGCAUCUGGCGCGCGCCGUGAAGGCCGCAGGUGGACGGUCCAAGAAGAUCCCGGCGGUGGUGAUGCUUAGUGAUGAUAAGGAGAAUCUGCGGAAGGCUAAGGAGGACGGCAUUGAGGCCUGUUCGCUGAAGGACUAUGUCAAUGGGUUGGAGAACGCGGAUCAGUUGCUGGACAUGAUCAGUGUGGCGAAGGAGGGGCGGGAGCUCCGCGAUGCUAAGGCCGCGGAAAAUCUGUACCGUGAAUACUACUCCGUGUCGAAGAUGAUGACGGGGGUAAGGAAUGGCACGCUGCACCAGGGAAUCUUCAACGUCUCGCCGUACAACUACCUGGAGGGCUCGGUCCACGUACCAACGUUUGAUAAGUCGCUUCUGAUUCUGGGCAGAGAGAAUAUCAACAGAGCAGUUCAGGGUGAUGUUGUGGUUGUUGAAGUCCUCCCAAAGGAUCAGUGGAAAGAGCCAUCGACCAAGAUUAUUGAGGAUGAGACCAUGAAUAAGAAUGAGAAUGCGGAUGCGGAAGAGGGCGAGGCGGUGGUUACUGAGAAGGAGAGGAGAGCAUUGCAAGAAGAAGUCAAGAGAGUGCACAGCAAGAGCACUGAAGGUCGGCCACAGCCUACCGCAAGAGUGGUUGGUAUUGCGAAGCGGAAUUGGCGACAGUACGUUGGCCAUAUAGACGAAUCAUCAGUCAGUCAAUCGGUGAAGCAGAGUCGGAAGCAGCAGACCGUCUUCCUUAUUCCUAUGGACAAACGAAUACCUAAGAUCCGUGUUCGGACCCGGCAGGCGGGUGAGAUCAUCGGCAAGCGGGUUCUAGUGACCAUAGAUUCAUGGGAUAGAGACUCGAGAUAUCCCGUCGGCCACUUCGUGCGGUCCCUCGGUGAGCUGGAAACGAAAGGGGCCGAAACGGAGGCUCUCCUCCUGGAAUACGACGUGCAGUAUCGUCCAUUUCCGAAGGCCGUCUUGGAUUGCUUACCCAAAGAGGGCCACGACUGGAUUGUACCUCCAAGCAAGGAAGAUCCCGGCUGGAGGGACCGACGGGAUCUGAGACAUCUCGAGAUAUGUAGUAUCGAUCCUGUUGGUUGCCAGGAUAUUGAUGAUGCGUUGCAUGCAAGACCGCUGCCAAAUGGCAACUAUGAAGUUGGCGUGCACAUCGCGGACGUGUCACACUUUGUCAAACCCAACAAUGCAAUGGACACAGAGGCUAGUAUCAGAGGCACAACCGUGUAUCUGGUUGACAAGCGCAUUGACAUGUUACCAAUGCUCCUUGGGACGGAUCUUUGUUCCUUGAAGCCCUACGUUGAGCGGUAUGCGUUUUCAGCAAUAUGGGAGAUUACACCCGAUGCCGACAUCGUCAAGUCGGAGUUUACAAAAUCGGUCAUCAAGUCUCGCGAAGCUUUCAGUUAUGAACAGGCUCAGAUACGGGUUGAUGAUCCCUCGCAACAGGAUGACUUGACUAAGGCGAUGCGAACGCUCAUGAUGCUGUCGAAGAAAUUCAAGCAGAAGCGUAUGGACGCUGGAGCGUUGAGUCUCUCCUCACCUGAGGUCAGGAUAGAGACGGAGUCAGAGACGUCUGACCCUAUCGAUGUCAAGACCAAAAAGCAUCUGGAUACCAUGUCUCUCGUCGAAGAGUUCAUGUUGUUAGCCAACACCAGCGUCGCCGCCAAGAUAUACGAAGCCUUCCCCCAGACGGCCAUGCUCCGUCGUCACGGCGCCCCCCCAAAGACCAAUUUCGAAGAGCUCGCCAACCAGCUCAAGGUCAAGCGAGGUCUCGAACUGCGCGUCUCCUCCUCCAAGGAGCUCGCCGAUUCCCUCGACGCCUGCGUCGACCCCAAAGAGCCCUUCUUCAACACGCUCAUCCGCAUCCUCGCGACGCGCUGCAUGAUGUCGGCCGAGUACUUCUGCUCGGGCACGCAAGCCUACCCAGAAUUCCGGCACUACGGGCUCGCAUCGGAGAUCUACACGCACUUCACGUCGCCGAUCCGGCGAUACGCCGACCUGGUGGCGCACCGGCAGCUCGCGGCGGCCAUCGACUACGAGCCGCUGGACGCCAGCGUGCGCAGCAAGGGCAAGCUGGAAGCGGUCUGCAAGAACAUCAACGUGCGGCACCGCAACGCGCAGCAGGCCGGGCGGGCGUCGAUCGAGUACUACGUGGGGCAGGCGCUCAAGGGCCGCGUGGUCGACGAGCACGGCUUCGUCAUGAAGGUCUUCUCCAACGGCUUCGUGGUCCUCGUGCCGCGCUUCGGCAUCGAGAGCCUGAUCCGGCUGCGCGACCUGGCAGACCCGGAGCCCGAGAGCGCCUUCGACGCUGAGCACUACGUGCUGCGCACGCGCGGCAGUCGGGAGCUGAGCGUCGAGCUGUUUCAGAAGGUCCUGGUGCGCAUCAGUGAUGUGAAGGAGGAGGGCACGGGGAAGAGGAAGGUGAGGUUUGAGUUGGUGAGUGCGGGGGAGGCGUAGGAGGAGAUAGGGGAUAGGAGAGGAGGUUGUUUGUUGGUUUCUAGAUAGCUAGAUAGAUGAUGGGUGCAUGGGUGCAUGCAUGGGCGAAUGUAAGGAAUGUAACAUAUAUAUUCUAUCAAUCAAUCAAUCAAUCACAGGAUG